GGCCACAUCCCGCCCCCCAAUCUCUCCGGCGCACCGUCGACCACCGCCACCGGCCACAUCUUCUCAGUUCCACCACCGGAAAGGAUUCGUCGAUCCUAAAGCUUCUCUUCUCCUUCAAGGAUUCUGCUUCUUGUUGCUUCGCUUACAAGGUCCAUAACAAAAGAUCUUGAAGGCAAUGGCAACCCCUGAUGCUCAUAUGGAGAGUGAAGAAGAUGAAUAUGUAAUGCUCGACUUGGAUUCGGUUUCCGGGCAAAUUCACAUUCCACCAAAUGCUCCCUACGUUCUCUCUGGUCUGGACACAUUGAACCCAAUUCUAAUUAUUGAUGGCAAAAUAAAGCUGAUUGGCGAAUAUGAUGAAACUAUUGGGACAUGUAUUGUCUUGAGUGAAGAUGAUGCUCCUCCGGUGAUCCAUGAAGAAACGGGACCAUCGGAAACCAACCUUUUUGCGGGAAAAUCCAUAAUUGAUUCAAAUCAGGUUCUGAAAAAGCAAAUCAAACCUGUUUGUCAACUUCAAAAGAUUCUUAGGUUCAAGUUGUUAUCCGAGGAGGCUCAAACCGACAUUGUUCAAGACUCGACAAUCGAACCGAGGACCAUCAAGCGCAGCUAGUCCCGACAACACAAAGUUUCAGUCAUUGAUUGUUUUGUUGUAAAUAGUUCAGAUUUCGUUAUGGUAUAUUGACAAAAGUUCAUUGUUUUCAUAACAAUUAUCUUAU